AUGUCUAAUGUGUCGGUGCUCUCAGAUGACCGGAGCUUGUUGGAGAGGGCGAUGAUCUUCUCCGUCACCACAGUGCCCUGCUGUGUCUUUCUCUUUGUGAACUGCACCAUGUUGUUCUCUCUGAGGAGUAAAGCUGUGUUCAAGGACACGUGUCGUUAUGUGCUCCUCUAUAACCUGUUGUUGGCCGACACAAUGCAGCUGGUUGUCAGUCAGGUACUCUACAUCCUGGCUGUUUUAAGGCUCAGGCUCACCUAUCCCUUGUGUGGAUUUGUCAUCACACUCAGCAGCAUCAUUAUGAGAAUCUCUCCUCUCACGUUGGUGGUCAUGUCUUUUGACAGGUACGUGGCGGUGUGCUACCCUCUGCGGCAUGCCACCAUCGUGACCAUGGGUAAAACCCGAGGAGCUAUCUGUGUGAUCUGGGCCAUCAGCUCUGUCAAUGUAUUCUCUCAUAUCAGUUUGCUGAGGGUGAAUCCUUUUGAGGGUCUGAACUCUCUGCAGAUGGAGCACGUCUGUUCCAUGGAGAACAUGUUGCUGAGCCCUGUUGCUGCAAUGUUCGAUCAGGUUUAUGAGUUCACUGUGUUCAUCUCUGCCGGAGUCUCCAUCUCUUUCUCCUACAUUGGUGUUUUGGUUGCAGCCAGAUCAGCUUCCACAGACAAAGUGUCAGCCCGUAAAGCUCAUAAAACUCUGCUGCUGCAACCUGGUCCAGCUGGGCCUGAUCCUGUCUCCACCAUUGUCAAGCCUGUGAUCAUCCACAUCUCACAGGCCAUCGACAUAAUCACACUCGUGCCCAAGUGUCUGAGUCCCCUCAUCUACGGCCUCGGAGAUCAGACCAUCAGACCCGUCCUUCUCCACCACCUCUUCUGUCAGCUCACUACCAUCUCUCUCCAUCCGGGUGGCACCUCAGAGGCAGAUGUCAAACCCACAGCGGAUCAGCCGCUGUCGAGACUGCAGCCGCUGUGCAUCCUGUCCCCCCUGCAGCCUGACGAGGAUCUCCAGACCCGACUGGGACUGGAUCUCACCCGCAGUUUAUCUGCCAUCCAAAGGACAAAGCCUUAG